AGUCCAGAUCUUUUCGAAGCAGCGGUGAAGAUGCCGGGGAAGUGGAGGAUCCUGGUCUCGCACACGUGCUGCAGCAGCAGCAGCAGUUUCCUUUUACUCUGGAUCCUCGUCGGCUUGAAUGUGGUGGAGGUGGCGGGGUCCCAGCAAGGGAUCCCUCUGUCAGUCGUAAAGCUCUGGGCUUCAGCAUUUGGUGGAGAAAUUAAAUCAAUUUCUGCAAAAUAUUCUGGAUCCCAACUAUUGCAAAAGGAGCUGUGGGCUAUCACGGCACCGCGUCCGGGGACAAACUCCAGUUCUGAGACCAGCUCCUCGGUCAAGGGCAGCAGCAGGAUUAAUCAAAAAAACGCUGCAUGUCCUGGAGGAUGGGAGGAAGGCGGAGGGACCAGAGCAAGUGGACGCAAACAUGGGGAGAGCAUUCAAACUGCAUUCAGAAAGCGACUCAUGGGUCCAAACCUUGGACCUCCUUGCCCUGAGAAAUAUAAAGAACCUGAAAAGUCAGUUAGAGUGGAAGAAAUUGACGGAGUGAAACUGGUGAAAAACCUGGCAGUGAAGAUGGAGGAAAUGUUCCUGAGAAAGGCAGAAGCAACGAGGCGGCUGGUGGAGGCAGCAGAAGAAGCGCACCAUCAGCACGAAGAAAAGCCCGACCUACAGUAUGAGUACUUCAACGCCGUGCUGAUCAAUGAAGUGGACGAGGAGGGCAAUAACGUGGAUCUGGGAGGAGAGUUCCUCCUGGAGCCCAACGACCAUUUCAAUAACCUGUCCGUCAACCUGAGCCUCAGCGUGGUGCAGGUGCCCACCAACAUGUACAACAAAGAUCCUGACAUAGUGAACGGAGUUUACUGGUCCGAGGCUCUGAAUAAAGUCUUUGUAGAUAAUUUUGAAAGAGACCCAACACUCAUCUGGCAGUACUUCGGGAGCGCCAAGGGUUUCUUCAGGCAGUACCCUGGAGUAAAGUGGCAUCCAGAUGAACAUGGUGUCAUCGGCUUUGACUGUAGAAACAGAAAGUGGUACAUUCAGGCAGCAACGUCUCCAAAGGACGUUGUUAUCUUAGUGGAUGUCAGUGGAAGCAUGAAAGGACUGAGGCUGACUAUCGCCAGGCAGACUGUCUCCUCCAUAUUAGACACACUUGGAGAUGACGACUUCUUCAACAUUAUUGCAUAUAAUCAGGAGAUCCACUAUGUGGAGCCUUGUUUGAAUGGCACGUUGGUCCGAGCCGACAGAACCAAUAAAGAUCAUUUCCGUGAACAUCUGGACAAGCUGUUUGCCAAAGGGAUCGGGCUGUUGGGAGACGCUCUGGCCGAAGCGUUCACAAUCCUGAAUGAUUUUAAUCAAACUGGACAUGGCAGUUUGUGCAGCCAGGCCAUAAUGCUGGUGACUGACGGCGCGACUGAAAUGUAUGAUGACGUUUUUGAGAAAUACAACUGGCCAGAGAGAAAGGUGCGGAUAUUCCCCUACCUGAUUGGACGAGAGUCUGCGUUUGCUGAUAACCUCAAAUGGAUGGCUUGUGCCAACAAAGGAUACUUCAGUCAGAUCUCCACGUUGGCAGACGUUCAGGAGAACGUGAUGAGGUAUCUUCACGUCAUGAGCCGCCCGAAGGUCAUCGACCAUGAGCAUGACACUGUGUGGACUGAAGCCUACGUGGACAGUGCUCUUUCCCAGGCUCAUAAGUUGAAGAGCAAAGCGGGCCCCAGUCUGAUGACGACAGUCGCCAUGCCGGUCUUCAGCACAAAGAAUGAAACGAAGAACCAGGGUAUUCUGUUGGGGGUCGUGGGAACAGACAUCCCUCUGCAGGAGCUGAUGAAGCUCAUCCCUAAACAUAUGUUAGGAAUCCAUGGUUAUGCAUUUGCAGUCACAAAUAACGGCUACAUCCUGACACACCCGGACCUCCGGCCUUUGUAUCAGGACGGACAGAAGAGGAGGAAGCCAAACUACAGCAGUGUGGAUCUCUCUGAGGUGGAAUGGGAAGACAAAGAUGAUAUUCUGCGUAACGCCAUGGUGAAAAGGAGGACGGGCACGUUCUCUAUGGAGGUGAAGAAGACGGUGGAUCGAGGGAGGCGCGUCCUGAAGAUGCACAACGACUAUUACUACACUGACAUCAAAGGAACGCCAUUCAGCGUUGGCGUGGCUCUCUCCAGAGGUCACGGAAAGUACUUCUUCAGAGGAAAUGUAUCAGUUGAAGCGGGGCUCCGUGAUCUGGAACAGCCAGAUGUCGCCCUGGCAGAUGAAUGGACUUACUGCAACACAGAGGAGCAGCACGAGCACCGUCACCUGACCCAGAUUCAAGCCAUCAAGCUCUUCAUGACGGGACGCAGGCCGCACCUGAAAUGUGACAGAGAGCUGAUCCAGGAGGUGAUGUUUGAUGCUGUGGUCACGGCUCCGCUGGAGGCCUACUGGACCGGACUGGCCCUCAAUAAGUCAGAGAACUCAGACAAAGGAGUGGAGAUCGCCUUCCUGGGCACUCGCACCGGCCUGACGAGGACCAACCUGUUUGUACCCGCCGAUCAUCUCUCCAAUCGAGAUUUCCUGACAGCGGAGGACAAGGAGGGAGUGUUUAAUGCUGAUCACUUCCCUCUGUGGUACAAGAGAGCUGCAGAGCAGGUCCCCGGCACUUUCCUCUACUCCAUCCCUUUCAGCACAGCUUUGGAAAAUAAGAGCGUGGUUUUGGCCAGCACAGCCAUUCAGCUCAUGGAUGACAAAAAGUCUCCAAUUGUUGCAGCUGUUGGGAUCCAGAUGAAGCUUGAGUUCUUUCAGAGAAAGUUCUGGACUGCCUGCAGACAGUGUACAGCUCUGGAUGGAAAAUGCAGCAUUAGCUGUGAUAACGCGGACAUUAACUGUUAUCUUAUCGACAACAACGGCUUCAUUCUCGUCACAGAGGAGUCCUCUCAGACAGGGCUCUUCUUUGGAGAGGUGGAGGGUGCUGUGAUGAGCAAACUUCUCCAAAUGGGAUCCUUCAAAAGGAUCACGCUGUACGACUACCAGGCCCUCUGCAGAGAGUACGCUCGGAGCAGCGACAGCGCUCGCACUCUGUCAGAUCCCUUCACUGUUGUUAAGUGGCUCCUGACUGAACUUGUCAUUUUUCUGUUGGAGUUUAACCUGUACAGCUGGUGGAACGUGGAUCUCUCAGUUAAAGCUCAGAGACCUCGUAGAACCACGAUGGUGCCGUGUGAUACAGAAUAUCCCGCCUUCGUCUCCGAGCGCACCAUCAAAGAAACAACAGGCAACAUCGAAUGUGACGACUGUGUCCGAUCUUUUGUCAUACAGCAGAUUCCCAGCAGCAACCUCUUCAUGGUUGUUGUGGACAAUAAGUGUGACUGCAGCAGCUCUCUUCCAGUCACCAUGGAUCCCAUCGAGAUCAUGUAUAUCGAGACACUAAAAUGUGACAGACUGAAGUUUCAGAAGGACAGAAAGAAGCCUGAAUCAUGUCAUCCUUUCCACCCUGAGGAAAAUGCCAUGGAGUGUGGUUCAGCAACACGCCUCUCCAGCCCUCUGACAGCAGCUCUGCUCCCUCUGAUAGCAGCGACUGUCAGCAGGUGACCGUCGGCAGCACAGUUGGACAUAAGUCGGGACUAAAUCCACAAGAAGAUGCUUAUAAACACAUAGAGAACAUUGCCAAUCAGAAAUGAAACUGCUCAUACCUCUGCAACAGGCAGCACUCUGAUAAAGAAAAAAAAUCUGUAGCACUGAGACUCACAUUCAUUAAUGCAGAAAACAUAGGCGAUGUGGUGCAGCAAAAAAAAAUGAGAGUAAAGGGAGAGCUGGGAGACUUUGCUCAGAUCACGACAGUUUGCCAUAUUGUCCUGAAUGUGUGCUGAAAUUAAAUAAGAGAAAUAAAAACAGUAAGUCAGGAGUGAGAACAAGAUAUUUCUUGUCAAAGUAUAAAACAAGUCCUUUGUGCAAAGGAUGAAAGUAAGAUAUCAAAUAUGUUUUUUUGUUUUGUGGGGGAAAAAAUGAAGGCUAAUGUAAAAGUAUGUGGAAUGUAAAAUGCACUUUUGUCACGUGAAAAAAAAAAGCAGAGAGGUUUAUAUUUUUGGCAGUUAAUUGCUAAAAACAGUUAACAGUGCCAUCAUAGUUUUCUUUCUUCAAAUAUUUUAUUUUGUAAUUUAUUUAUUUUUUCGUGUCUGUAAUUAUAUGGAUUAUGUAAAAAAAAAAAAGAAAAAAAGCUGAGAGACAACAGAGAAUUAGAAGUUGCUUUAUUCUGCCAGUUUCUUCUUGGUUUAAAGC